AGCCCACCUUUGUACACCACGCCCCGAUUCAUCGGUCAUAUAAAGAUUUCCACCAUUAUCUAUUGCACAUCAUAAGUUUAAUGUUUCUAUUUUCUAGCUGGAACAGGAACAAUCUGGACAACGGCAACAUGGUCUGAAAAUGCAACAACAGUUGCAGGACGUAAUAGUGAAGGUGCAGCAUUAAAUCAACUCAGUCGUCCAAAUUCUAUAUUUGUGGAUGAUAACAACAAUGUCUAUGUGGCAGAUCGGUUGAAUCAUCGCAUUGUAAAAUGGACACCUAAUGCUUCUAGUGGAGAAGUUGUGGCUGGUGGAAACGGUCAAGGUUUAAAUGUACAUCAGUUGACCAGGCCAAUGGAUGUGUCUGUAGAUAAUGGUGGAAAUCUUUAUAUGACCGAUGAAUCGGGGCGUGGUGUACAAAGGGUUGUUGUCGCAGGCGGAAAUGGAGAUGAAAAUGCCUCAAACUCCCUUAAUCCAGGAGAGGGUAUUUAUAUAGACGAUAAUGGUGAUGUUUAUCUUCCAGAUCAGAGGAAUCAUCGCAUCCAGCUAUGGUCAAACGGUUCAUCGACGGGUGUCACAGUAGCUGGCGGUAAUGGUCAAGGUGUCAGUUUAAAUCAGCUUAAUACUCCACUAUCGGUUAUACUUGACACAAACAAGAAUAUUUAUGUAGCAGAUUAUUAUAAUAAUCGUGUAGUGAAAUGGCUUGUAGGUGCCAAAAGUGGAAUAAUUAUUGCUGGCGACGGUGGCCGAGGCAGUGGAGAAAACCAGUUAAACCUUCCAAGCGGAUUAAAAUUCGAUAAAAUUGGUAAUUUGUAUGUUGUUGAUCAAGGCAAUAAUCGUGUACAAAAAUUUAUCAUUGAUAACAAUAGUUCACAUGAUGAUGGUAAGUAUACGUUUACACAUUUAACCUAAAAAGGUGUUGAUCUUUUGUUCUCAGAGUCAUGAAAUUCGAGUCUAUAUUAUCCGACAUCGAUUUUGAUUAUUUUAUUUUUGUACUGAUAGAAACAAAACAAGUUUGAGAGGAGGGAAGGAGAUAGCAGAAAACUUCUUCGAAAAAGUUAACAUUAAUAAAUGCGUUUAUCAAGAAUAUUCAACCCCAAUGGGCUAUUCAUUUUUGUCAAAUUUCAUUUAACUUGUUUAUUCUGCUGCUAUCACGAAUCAAUUUUAAAUGCCUCAGUUCUUUUUAUUUUCUUUAGCUUAUUUCUGAUGACACAGAUCAAAUAAAUGUUAUUACAAAUCUAUUCAUUUUAAUUAAUAAUGGAAUUUUAUAUAAAAGCUUUCCUUGACACUUGUUAAUGUUUUAUUUUAAAUACCUUAUUAGUUAUCGUUAUUUUAUAAACAUAUUUCCCUAAGUGAUAUUUUGUUUCAUCUAACUUGAAGUUAACGCUAAAUGAACAUAAACGGUUGAUUGUAAAAUCGGACAGAAUUAUAGUAGAUAUACGUUUUUUUUUUUCUUUUUUCAAAAAUCAAAUUUUUUCUCUUUCUUUCCUUUUUGGUGUGCAUUUAUUUCUUAUUUUUUUUUAACACGUUAAUAAGAGCAGUAAAGAAAUUAUAAAAAUUGCUAACAAAGAAGUUUACCAGAUUUAUUCCAGCAGCUAAACCUCCAACUUAUCGUCGAUCAAGAGAACAAAAGCGGGUUUACAACUGAAAGAAAAUUUUAUAAUAACCGACGUGAUUAUUACGGCAAAAUGUUUUGUAUUUGUUUGAAAUAAAAUAGUAUUUCAAAAUCAAAUUAUUUCUCCCAAUUUUGAUUUUCCUCAAACUGUCCCAGUUUGUCGAAGAUACUUUGAAAUAAAUAUAUCUCUUAACGUUGUUAUGGUUUACUGAUGCUAUUAGGACGAGAAAAAAUUAAUUAGUUAAAAGAACGUUGCUGAGUUUUCUAGCAUGGAGCUAUUAUUAAAACUACUCCUAUCCCAACACCAGUUAAAAACUGGUGCAUGCCUAUUCGUACCGUGAUUAAUAUAUAGUGCAGACUUCUGUAGACAAUAUAUGAUUAUAUCGUUGAUAAAUCUUGCCAUUUCAGCCAAAAAUCUUUUUUUGAAAUAAAAAUGAAAUAAGAAUUUUGACUGACUUCUCAAGACAAACUUGAAAAAAAUCUUGACUACUGUCAAGAAUCAAAAAUCUUGCAAGAAAUAAAACAAGAAAGUCGACCGGUCAUAAUACAUCAAUCGACUUUCUUUUUUUACUCUUUGUAGUACGACGGUAAGGAAGGGAGCAAAAAAAUAUUCGCAUUUCCAUAUGAAUAUAGAAGUUUGCAUUCAAACACACACGUGUUAUAUCCGAACGACACGUUGGAAAAUGCUUCGUUUUUUGUUUUCUUUGUGCUGGAGGACUGUUGGUUGCAUUUGUUCACAGCGAAAAAGAAAAGGAUUGAGACGUUAGUCAACCAAUCAUUGCACUAACAUUUGUCCAUAUUAUAUUUUCUAUUCUUGAUCAAAAAAAUUUUCUCGAAGCAGUAACAGCAGCCCAAGACUUCAAAGUUAUAUUUUUACUACCAUUUCGAGAAACUUUUGUUCUUAACUCAUCAACAGAGUCAAUUAUGUGGCAGUCUAUGAUCUUUUUCUACUUUGCGAAUGCACAAUGGCGUUAGAAGCUUAAGUUAAGCUUCUAACGCCACUGUGCAUUCGCAAAGUUAUAUAGACCCCUGUCUUACUCGUGUUUUCGGAAAACACGAGUAAGACAUCCUUACGGACGUUUGACAUCCUUUCGACGUUGAAAAUGUCUUAAUCAGGUAUAUGAAAAAAUUACUCCAACGAAAUUGAUAAGUAAACUGCAUUUCUCUGUCGAUCUGAGCAAGAACCAGGCUUUUAUAAUAGGUUGAAAACGGAUAGGAGUAGUUUUAAUAAUAGCUCCAUGCUAGAAAACUCAGCAACGUUCUUUUAACUAAUUAAUUUUUUCUCGUCC